UGGAGCAACCCCCGUCCGGAGAGGAGGCUCAGUUGGUUUCGUGCCGCUGUUGAUCGUUGUCUCUGGUGCGCGCCGCGCAAGCGUUAUGGGAACCGCGAGAUAGAACCCCGGACGCUCUUCGGACCAUGGAUCUCAGCCGUCAGCUUCGAGUUUUCUCAGUGUUGCUAGUUUUCUUAUCAAUAUGUUACCGGUUUACCUCAGCAAAUAGGCACGGGCAUCACAUCAGACAUGAGAGGGGGAGGCACAAGCGGCAGGAGCAAGGGCGGACGGGGGUGGGGACGGGGGCGGCGGCGGAGGAGCAUUUCAUAAUUAUAGACGGCGCGAACGAAAUCGACAGCGAGAACUGGAGCCCUUGGAGCGCCCCCAGCCCUUGCUCCCGCUCCUGCGGCGGCGGCGUCUCUUAUCAAACCCGGACCUGUCCCAUCGUCAGGCCCGAUGGGAGGACAGGCUGCACUGGUGGAUCCAAGAAAUAUUUUUCUUGCAACAUACAGCCGUGUGAGAGUGGUGCACAGGACUUCCGUUUAGAACAAUGUACUGCUUUCAAUAAUGUUGCUUUUGAGGGUGUAUAUUACAAUUGGAUUCCUUACACAAAAGCUCCAAACAAGUGCGAGCUUAACUGCAUGCCAAGGGGCGAGAGAUUUUACUAUCGUCACAAGAAUCAAGUGAUCGAUGGGACUCCUUGCGAUGAUGAAAAUAAUUCAGUGUGCGUUGAAGGACAAUGUUAUCCAGUUGGUUGUGAUAGGUACCUUGGUUCUCCUGCACGGGAGGACAAAUGUCGGGUUUGUCGAGGAGACGGCAAAAGCUGCAGCACAACUCGUAAUACCCUCGAUACGAGUAAUCUUGAAAUGGGUUAUAAUGAUUUGCUGCUGAUCCCAGCUGGUGCAACCAACAUCCUGGUCCAAGAAGUUAGACCAUCAAAUAACUACCUGGCGGUUCGUAACACGUCAGGCCAUUACUAUCUAAAUGGUAACUGGAGGAUAGACUUUCCAAGAACCAUACCCUGCGUCGGUACUAAUCUUCACUAUGAGAGGAAGCCCCAUAAUUUCUUCGCACCACAAAAAAUAUUUGCAGCUGGCCCAACAACAGAGGCAAUUUACAUAGUGUUAUUAUAUCAAGAGCAGAGCCCUGGUAUCGAAUAUGAAUACAGUAUUCCCACAGGGACUGUUGUUCAGACAUCGCCCACUGGUUACAGAUGGAACUAUGAUACAUUCUCUCCUUGCUCAACAACUUGUGGCGGAGGCUUUAAAACAAGGAAUGUAUGGUGUCAGUCCCUAAGAGACCCAACUCAUGUCUCCGAAGAUCUGUGUGACCCAGCCCAAGAGCCCUUGAGAAAUCAGACUUGUAAUUUAGAACCUUGUCCUCCAAUUUGGCAUGUCGGAAAUUGGAGCGAUUGUUCGACACUGUGUGGCACAGGCGGGAAUCAAACUAGAGAGGUAUUUUGUUCUCAAACAGUAGCAAAAGGGCAAGACGCUAAGAUUGAAGAUUCUCAGUGUGAACAAUUAAUAGGUCCAAAACCUGAAACAGCGCAAUCCUGUAAUGACACUUUACCGUGUCCGGAGUGGCACAUAGGACCAUGGAAACCGUGCGACCAUUUAUGUGGAGAAGGAAAACAAAUUCGAACUGUGCGGUGUUUCCGUAGGGUAGAUGGUCGUAUCCACAUUGUUGGCGAUUCAGCUUGUAAGCAAGAGAAACCGCCAGUAGAAAAACCUUGCAAUUUGCGCUCCUGCGAAGGUGUUGACUGGGUCACAUCUGAAUGGACUGAUUGUGAAGCAACUUGUGGUCUGACAACAAAAACAAGGUCCGUAGUGUGCGCAUCUGCGAAAGGGACCUUGCACGCAGAGAGUGAGUGCAUUGCAUCGAAGCGGCCGCAAAAUGUGUCAGACUGUGAGGAAGUGACCCCAUGCGAGUAUCUGUGGUACACAUCGGAAUGGAGCCAGUGUUCAGCUCAAUGUGGAUCAGGCAUUCAGACCAGACAAGUAUUCUGUGGACUGCGCGAGAACGACACAGUGACAGUUGCCGAAGAUGACAAGUGUAACUCAACGUUGAAAUUGUCUACAUCUCAGAAUUGCACUGCUCCUGAACCAUGCAAAGGACUUUGGUUUGCUGGCCCCUGGAGUGCGUGUUCGAAAAAAUGCGGUGGGGGAGAAAUGUCAAGGAAAGUUUUGUGUUUCAUCGGAAAUGCUUCUGUUGCCACAAGUAAUUGUGAUGCUAACAAGAUCCUGUUUACGAGUGAGCAGUGUAACAAUCAUCCAUGUAACGAAGAUGAAGUCAUCACAGUGGAUCCAAAAAUUGCUAUAGAGGAAGAAGAAGAAGAAGAAAGCAAUGAAGAGUGUGAAGAGGAAGAAGGGGAAGAAGAUGUUGAGGGAACAACACCCUCAGUUUUCGGAACUGCAGAACCUGUCACCGAAAUGACCGCCACAGCAGCAACGGAGAUCGAAGGUUCUGGCGAUGGUACAGAACUUUCACCAACUGCCUCCUCCGAAAGUGACGUCUCUGAAUCCUCCUCCGAAGCAAACACAGUCACAUCCAACAGUCCUGAGCAGGAGACUUCUAUCGCCUCCGAUUUAGAAAGUAAAACAACUGCAAGUGACGCAGUGACAACUCCAGAAUCAACCGCUGUCCCCACCACCGAGGCAGUGAAAGCAGCAAGUGAAGCCGAGCAAAUGGUUGGAGACGACCCCGACGCAGGCGCUCCAGAACCAGCCGGAGAAGCAGCUCCCACCACUGUAGCCUCUGUGACAGUCGCAAGUGGCGAUUCAACCGCAGCCACCAUUCCCGAAUCAGAAACCAAAUCUGCAUCAACAGACACCACUGAAGUUGUAACUGCUGCUAGCAGCAGUUCCGAAGCCCCCAUUGAUGCAGCUAAACCGGCAAGCACAGACGCUACAAGUCCUGUUGAUUCAGCUAGUUCUGUGGGUGUUGACUCCACAAGUCCUGCAAGCACUGACACCACAGAUGCGACUGAUAGCGCUACGGAUAAAACGGAAGACUCAAGUGUGAUGGGAAAAUCUGCGGAGGCAGAGGAGACGACUCUGUCUAGCAUUUUAAGUACUUUGUCCUCACUCUUCCCGUCCAGCUCUGAGAGUGGGACGGAGGCUACUGGCACGGGCUCCACGGACGAAACAACAGUCACAGCUGAGACGGCAGCCACUGCUGGCUCAGAAACUCCGGCAACAGGGACUGAAGCAACAGCAUCUACGGAUGUUGUGUCAACUACCCCUAGCUCGUACACAGACAUAAUGACUGAGGGUUUCACGUUGAAGAAAUGCAAAAAGAAGAAGAAGAAGAAGCCAGAUUGUCAAAAAACUGAAUUUGGCUGUUGCUUUGAUGGAAUCACCCCUGCCAAGGGUCCCUUCAGUGAAGGUUGCAGCAUUAUCACUAUUUGCAAUGAAACCAAAUAUGGCUGUUGUCAAGACGGAGUCUCACCUGCAACUGGCCCAGAUUUUGAAAACUGUCCACCAUCAACUUGCAACGAAACCUUGUUUGGAUGCUGCCCUGAUGGCUACACACCUGCAGAGAACAAUGAAAAAGAAGGUUGUCCUGAACAAAAACCUCCUCCGCCUAAAUGCGUCAAAUCUAAGUUUGGUUGUUGUCCGGACAAUGUCACUGCUGCGACAGGCAAGAAAUUCAAGGGAUGUCCUGACACCCGUAAAGCAAAUAAAACUGAAGGGAAAGCAGAAGUGUGCACAUCAUCCAAAUUUGGCUGCUGUCCAGAUGGCAGCACCGCAGCCAAGGGUAAAUCUUUCGAGGGCUGCAAGGAGAUUGACCACAAAAACUGCUCAGCUUCAUUCUUUGGUUGCUGCACUGAUGGAAAAACUCCAGCCCUGGGAACAAAACAAGAAGGAUGUCCAGCGGCAUGUCAGUCUAGUGAACAUGGUUGUUGCGAUGAUGGUGCUACCCCUGCUCACGGACCAAACAAAGCAGGAUGUUGUCUUAUCACUCAAUUUGGCUGCUGUCCUGACAAUGUUAGUCCUGCUCAGGGACCAAAUCUUUACGGUUGUGACUGUCAGUAUGCAGCAUACGGCUGCUGUCCAGACAAUAAAACAAUUGCGCGAGGACCUGCUAACGAAGGCUGUGGUUGUCAGUACACGACUCAUGGGUGCUGUCCUGAUAAAUACACUCCGGCUUUGGGUCCUUCCUUCCAAGGAUGUCCUUGUCAUACUUAUCAGUUUGGUUGCUGCAAUGAUGGAGUCACGCGAGCUAAAGGACCAAGAUUGCAAGGUUGCGGUUGUGAGAAUACACAGUACGGCUGUUGCUCUGAUGAAAAGACUCCGGCUCCAAAUCCAGAACGGAACUGUACCUGCGAGGCAACCAAGUAUGGGUGCUGUUUGGAUGGUAUCUUUGAAGCCAAAGGAGAAGACUUCUUCGGUUGUGAUGUUGUACCAGAAAAGAGAGGACGUGUUUGCUCUCAACCCAAAGAUAGAGGCUCAUGUCGAGAUUUCACUGUCAAGUGGUUCUUUGACACAGAAUAUGGUGGCUGCUCAAGAUUUUGGUAUGGUGGUUGUGAAGGAAACAGCAACCGGUUCAAAUCUCAGGAGGAGUGUCGCAGCAUUUGCGUCGAGCCAUUAGGCAAAGAGGCAUGUUACUUACCAAAGAUCUCAGGACCGUGUGAAGGGUACUAUCCAACAUGGUACUAUGACUCAGAACGUCAACAUUGUGCUCAGUUUAUUUAUGGCGGAUGCCUGGGUAACAAUAACAAAUUCCAGACAAGAGAGGAAUGCCAACAACUUUGUAGCACUCAUAGCGAUAAAGACGUUUGUGAGCAAACUACUGAGGAAGGGCCGUGCAAAGGUCAAUUCACUCGCUGGACUUUCGACAAAGCGUCUCAAUCUUGUAUUCAGUUUAACUAUGGAGGAUGUCAAGGAAAUGACAAUAACUUCCUCACUCAAAGUGCAUGUCAUCAAAGGUGUUUACAGCCUGGUCGUAGCCGAGACGAGUGUUCCCUACCAAGGGUGCAAGGUUCUUGUGGUGAACGCUUGCCGCGCUGGUUCUUUGAUGCUUCAGAAAAUCGCUGCAUGCCUUUCUAUUACAGCGGCUGCGAUGGAAAUGGAAAUAACUUUGACUCUCAAGAAACUUGUGAGCGCGCUUGUCCUCCCAAAAUCGAGCGUGACACUUGCUUAUUACCAGCGGUAACUGGUGAGUGCUCCAACUAUGUUGAGCGAUGGUACUACGACUCCCUGGAAGCAACUUGCAAACCAUUCUACUUUGGCGGUUGUGGUGGAAAUCAUAAUAACUUCCCCACAAGGGAGGAUUGUCGGGCUAGGUGUGAUAGCAAUUAUUCUCCAGAAGUUGUCCGGCCCCCACCACAACAACCCAGUUACACACCAGUUACAUCAUUUAGUCAAGAAAGCUGUUUCUUACAAAACGAUGCCGGCCCGUGCAGAAAUGUCUCAGAAGCUCUGUGGUACUAUGACAGCAGGGACGGAGUCUGCAAACAAUUCUUGUACGGUGGUUGUGGUGGCAACGGAAACCGCUUCUCAAACCGUGAUGAGUGUGAAUCAAGAUGUGGAAAUGUUCAAGAUCUCUGCGACUUACCGAAAGUAAUUGGGCCUUGCAAUGCCAACUACAGAUCUUGGUACUAUGAUCGCAACACGGACUCGUGUCAACAGUUUGACUAUGGGGGCUGUCAAGGAAACGGAAACAGGUUUGAGGACGAAUUGCAGUGUGCUCAGCGUUGUGUAAGAGACAAGUCAAGAAUCACCCAACCCCCGCUAAUCCCUGCCUCACCUGUCACAUCAGCUGCGCCCCCGACAGAAAACAUCUGUUUCAUAUCAGUAGAUCCAGGUCCAUGUCUCCAGGAGACAUCAAUGUGGUAUUUCGAUAGUGGCUCGAAACGCUGCACACAAUUCCUCUACGGCGGUUGUGAGGGCAAUGCCAACAGGUUUGAAACAGAGGAAGAAUGUGAUAGGUAUUGCGGCUAUUACAUAGAGAGAGAACCAGUAAGGACCACAAUAGCACCUGCUGAGGAGCCUAAUGUAGAAGCAGAAGAAGGAAACUACGUUACAUUGAAGUGUCAAAUAGUCAUGUACCCAGCGCCGAUUCUCAUUUGGACCAAAGGCAACUUAACGAUUGAUCAAUCAACAGGACGGAUGAGAUUGUUAGAAGGAGCUCUUCAAAUCAUUGGUCUAUUCCGAUCGGAUGCUGGUGUUUAUGUUUGCACUGCUGAUAAUCGUAUACAAGCUCCUGUUCGUAAGGAGUUCAACUUAGUUAUCAGAGAUCCAGUAGAAAGACCAGCACAAGUCAUAGGCGAUGAGUCGACUUCAAUCACUGUCACCCUUGGUUUGCCUACGAUUCUCCAGUGCUACGCAAUCGGGUGGCCACGUCCCAAAGUGACCUGGUGGCGGGGUGAGCGGAUGCUCCCAAUGUCUUCAGAGCAGUUCGAGCAGCGUUCAGACUACUCCUUACUCAUCAACCGUGUGAGUGUGAGUAAUCUGGGCCCGUACACAUGUCAGGCGUACAAUGGACUGGGUCGGGCAGCAUCGUGGAGCGUGACUCUGCGAGCCGUUGGCACUGUUGAGCGCGAGGAAGACUCACAAUUCAGAGAUUACCUCAUCCCGCCAAGCUUGCUGUAUAAUAGGACGGCUAUUACAAUCCCAUCCACGACGACACCUGUUCCAGAGCGAGAAACUCCUAGGGUAUAUGUCGUGCCUGUAACAGCAAAUAUUUCAUUAUCUUCGCAAGAAUAUCCAGUUGGCGCUCAUAUCUCAAUACCUUGCGAUACAGAUGGUUAUCCAAUUCCUCAAGUUGCUUGGUAUAAAGACAAUUAUCCUGUUGAAAAUACUGAAAGGAUAAGAAUAACAGAGAGUAACCGAUUAAUCAUCAAUAAAGCGUAUGUCAACGACACUGGAAACUACCGUUGCACAGCUUCAAACUCUUACAGCUCUGCAGAGAGCUCUGUAUACAUUUCAGUCACAGGUGUCUACGUUCAUCCUUCAUGUACAGAUAGUCCAUUCUUCGCCAAUUGUAAAUUAAUUGUGAGGGCGCAGUACUGUACUCACAAAUACUACGUUAAGUUCUGCUGUAAAUCGUGUACAGAAGCAGGUCUGUUACCACCAAUAGGACCUCAUCUAGACCUGUCCGAAAAUCCUGAGAACUCUGUAAAUUCUCGAAAGAGAAGGGAUUUGCCAAGCCUUAGUGACUUUAUUCUCCGGCAGAAACGACCGAGAUACUUCAAGUCACUUACGUAGCAGUAGAGGAAAUUUUGUAAAUAAAUGUUUGUCUCAGUUGAACUGAUUCUUAUUAUUGAAUGUGGAGGUUUGUUCUGAACUUUCAGAGCAACUGUACAACUUUUGUAAUUAGAAUUUUGUAUAUUGACUACCUUAAAGUGUAUUUAUUUUGAGUCUGUAACUAUUUAUUGUUUUAACUUUAGUUCCUUUUAUGAUGAUAAAAUAAAUUUCUGACACUUUUUCUA